AUGGGCACACACGCUGUACGCCAAAAGUCUCAGAAAAUGGCCCAACGAGAAGUAAUCUUGAUCACAGGUGCAAAUACCGGCAUCGGCUUCCAGAUCGUGAGGGCGCUUUGCGGCUCUGACAGAGCAUACGACAUUAUCCUCGGAAGCCGUUCACUCGCCAAGGUCCAAGAAGCUAUCAGCUCUGCCGUGGCAGAGUUUCCGUCUUCUCGUAGCAUCCUAUUUCCACUCCAGGUCGACAUCGAGCACGAUGACUCGAUCAAAAAAGCCUUCGACGAAGUUCAAUCCAAAUUCGGAAGACUCGAUGCGUUGGUCAACAAUGCCGGCGCGCAAAUCGACCAACAGGUCGCCGCCGGACGAAUGACAGAGCGCGAGAUGUGGAAUCAAUCCUGGAACAUCAACACUGUCGGGACGCAAAUCAUGACCUCGACCUUCAUCCCCCUGCUCUUUUCAACCCCCAACCCACGCCUCCUCUUCAUCACUUCCGGAACCUCCACUCUUGCCGGGACAGAGAACAUGGCCUUCAGCAAGACGGGCAUGAACAUGAUGAUGCGGGAAUGGCACCGCAUGCUCCAUGAAGAUGGGGUCAAGGUGUGGUGUAUCUCGCCAGGUUUUCUUGCCACCGGCCUAGGUGGAGGUGCCGAUUCUAACAGAAAGAUGGGAGCUGGGGAUCCGUCGGUGGCGGGAAGUCUUAUCAAGAGUGUUUUGGAGGGCAGCAGAGACGAUGAUGUGGGCAAAGUUGUUCUGAAAGAUGGUGGGGUUGCUCGUUUGCUUGGCUUUUUGGCGGCUGGUACUCCGUACGAAAAGAUCCAUGUGAGCGCUACAGCAAUAGUCUCAAACGGUCUAACCAUCGUGCAAAGACUAUCCCACGCCCUUGAAAGCUCUAUCAAAAUGCUUACAGGCAGAUGUGUUGUCUUUGCAUAUUCUGUAUCUGAAUACUACCUGCCCGUAAAGCCUCCGUGA